AUGGUGAGCAAAGAAGACACCAAAAGCAUUGUUCUGUCAAAUUCAGAUGAAUCAGAUUCAGAGACAGGCCCAUCACACAACCUUGAUGCACAGUCUGGACCAGAAUUAGGCAAACAGCAGGUGAAGAAGAGAAACAAGGCCUUACAAGUGCGUUUUAAGGAUAUUUGUGACGCUCAGAAUGAGCAUCGGGGAAAACACUCCAGAUCCAUUUCCUGCAAAGUGACACACAGAAAGUACAUGACCAUGCCUGCCAGACGCUCUAUUCCAAACGUGACUAAGAGUACUGGUGUCCAGACCUCACCGGACCUCACUAAGCAAUACAAGACUUUCCCUUUUGAGAGAAAAAAAGGACAUACAUUUAAACAUACUGCUUUGGUGGAAGAUUAUAAAGGACAAAACAACGGCUUUUUGAGUGACAUAAAGACAGGAGGAAAGGAUGGACAACCUAUCGGGGAGUCCUCCAAGUACAAGGGUAAGAUUGUGGGGCAGACAAAAGCAUUGCUUCACCACACUGAUGACAACAGUGAUACAGAGGAUUUGCUUUCCAGUGCCAACUGUGUGGAUGGACCCUCUUUUCCAGACUCUUCACAUUUCUCAGAAGAGUGCCAUCAGAGCAGCCCUCAUUCCAAAAGAGAAACAGAGUACCAGGUUUGUGGGACAAGGACCAAACACAAAGGAUUACCCAAAGAAGACAUGGAAGCUGGCACUUCCUCAAAGCGCCAGUUGGCUAACUCAGAGUUUUCACAGGACAUGUCAAAGGGCAGGGGCCCUGUUGCGUGGAACUCUUUGACACAGGUGGAGUCUUUAGGAAGCCCGUCUGUGAGCUGCAAACGGAAAAAGGGUCCACAGCUAAACGAACAGCAGUCACAAACACUUCCCCAUAGUGCCAAAUGUGCCGUGCAGUCACAAGGGCAGUGUCGGACAAGGCAUGUGUCAGCCUCCUCUAAACUCCAGCAAACAGUUGGAGGGGAUGAGGGCUUUCCUCCAAGAGACACAGGGGCCCCAGGCAUGCGGAGCAGCCAGCAGAUGAUACCCUUAUCUGGAGACAAGGAUAUCAAAGCACAGCUGCAGGCCAUGGAGAGCCUCAUCAGCUCGAGCCAGGAGACCAUCAAGGUCCUACUUGGAGUUAUUCAGGAGCUGGAGAAAGGUGAAGCGCAGAGAGAGGGUGUUGAGCUGGACUUCAAGCUGCAGGAGGACAAGCUACAGCCCCUGAUUAAGCGACUUUACCCCCUGGACAGCCAACAGUGCCCUGCUCUGCCUUACUCCAAUGAAGUGUUCACAUCCACCCCCAAACGCAAGUCCAAGACAGAGUCCAAAAAGCAUGCUCGUUGGAAGCUAUGGUUCCUUUGA